AGCAGACUGGUUCCGAGACGGAGUCGCAUCGCUAUAAGCUUCCAACAUCAGCUUACCUGGUUCUUACAUUUUUAUUCUUCUUUUUGAUCGUCACAGGAAAAAACAUUUCAACGAUUUGAUAGUUGAAUUCGAAGAGAAAAGGAAAGGCCGAAACCUCGAGAAAAGUGUUGAACACUCUGGGUGACCCCUUUUUAGAGACAAAGAGUGAAAGUGAAAAGGAGGACAAAAUGUCACCGGAUUUCAGAUACAUUUUUCUCACCCUCGUUUUGGUAGUCCUUGUUUCACAUACCGCAUGUGCUAGGGGAAGAAAGUGCCCGCCACAACUAAGUCUAUUAUGCGCAGGAGGAGUUGGCAAGAGGGACGGUGGAAUGUCACAAAAUACUAUGAGCAAAAAUGAUGAGACAUUUAGGAAAGAGUAUUUGCUAGAUUCACUUGAAGGUUUCAGACAGUCGGUAUGUCCUUUUGACUCAGUCAUCGAACGGUUCUCACAAGAACAGCAAUUGGAACUAUGGCAGAUAAUCGAAGACUUCGCAGAAAGGAAUGGGCUUGAUCUCCGCUAGAAGCGCAUGUCACGUGGUGUCACCGCAUCACGUAAUCACACAUGGCACUCACCUCAAUAAUUCGUUAUUGUUUUGUAAAUAACCCCAUGAAAUUGUUUAUAUUUUGAAUUUCUACGUAGAUCACUUUAAUCUGGACCUCUACCUGUUGUAAACAAUAGUCAAGAUUACAGUUUCCUCUCGGUUGUACAGAAGAAAAAAAAAUGUUUCCCUCACUCACAACCGGGUUUGAUGUGGCUACAUCAUACUGAAAAACUCUUUACUUGGAAUGAGUUUUGAUUCUUGAUAAGUGCAUUUGUAAAUUUACCUUAUAAUAAAUUGUACAGUAAAUAAUGUAAUAUAUAGUACAUAUCAUUUAAAUUUCAUUCUAUUUACACAACCCCUUAUUCCACAGGGACCCUGGAUAAGGAUUUUCACUAUAAAGAUUCCCCUCGUAAAUCACGCUCAAAAGAUUAAUCAGAUAUUUUACUCUAUAGCCUUCUUUACAAUUUCCAUAAUUAAAUGAGGUGAAUUGUCUGAUAUUUCUUUUCAAAAGGGCUGAUUUGAAUAAAAUAUAGACGAAGAUGAUUAUAAAGAAUCACAUUGCUGCUUUUUUCCAUCAAUUUAAUUUUGAAUAUUUGAUAAUUAGAAUUCCAUUUUAUGCUUUAAAUUUUUCAUAUGUCUGUGCAUUCUUGUAUACUUUUGUAUUUAUUGAUAUUUGAUUAUUCCAUUUCUUUUGAUGAAUUCAAUAUCAGUUGUUUUUACUUUAAAAUUAGCACGGCGAGAGCCGUAUUGAAGUGGAUUUGUCAACUCUACAGAGAUCUGAUAAAAAUGUAUGAUGUUAUAUGGCAGAGAAACAAAAGAACCAGUAAUAUAUUUCAAGGAUACGUGUACGAUUGAUAAAAAGCAUCUUUAUAAAGCAUAUUGUCAUCUAAGCAUGAUUAUGUAAUAAUUAGAUUUUUUAUUGUUAUUUUUUAUUAUUUCUUAUGUCAGAGCAAGCCAUAUUAUUACAAGCCAUAGGCGGUGCUAUAUACCCGGGAAGAGUAGGAUACCUCCUAUAUGAUUCUUCUUGAAGGGGGGGGGGGGGUGUAAAUAAAAAAAACGUCUGGGUCAUCAAUUGAGACAAACAAAAAAAAACAGUCAAGAAAGGCCGUAGAUGAUUUAGUUGCAGAGAAAUAUAUAAACAUGUUUGAAAUUGGGAAUAAUUAUCCUGCCAUAUUUUCACAUUGUUCACGUUGUUUUAGUAGAGCAGAUGAUUAAUAUGAAGAUUCGUAACUACAUCUUAGUCUAACCCGUAACUUUUGAGAUUUACUGAAUAUUAUUCGGAACUUAUAUGUACUAUCAAUUUUAGGAUUUUACCACUUGACAUUUUAUAAAGCUAAUGUCUGAGAAAAAGGCUAUAUGGUUUAUCAUCUACAGAUAUUUAUUAGGUUCUAGAGAUUUGUUUUUUUUUCAGCCAUACUGUACAUUAAAGUUCACACGAGUUUGAAAGUUGAUUUGAGAUAAGGUAAAUAAAAUCGGAAGGAAUAUAUAAUAAUUCAGCUAAUACAUGUCUGCAUAAUAAACAGUCAAGUAAAUAUUAUUUUGAAUAAUGUUCAUAUUUAGUAAUAUCUUGACAGAGUUACAUGUUGAUCUGGACAAGUAAAUAAAAAAGUGAAGAAAACAAAUCUAAACGAAAGCUAAUUAUCCUUCAAAAAAGUGUUCAUAUGUAAACUGAAGUAAAGACUUAUUUCUUACAAAAUUCAGCGAAUGGCAGGAUUCGAACGUGUUUGAUAAAAGAUUGAUAAAAAUAUCAACGUACAAAUAAUUGAUAAAAAAUUGUUUCUAAUACGAAUUGGAUAUAUUUUAAACAAACAUUGGUAUGCUGAAACGUAAGAGGUCGGUUUAAAAAGUUGCAUAGUGUUCUUUAGGUUGUAUAUGAAAUGUUUGUGCAGGUCUGAUUUGAGGUAUUUAUACUCGAUUCUGCCCAAAGGCACGUCGGCUUGAAAAUGGUAAACUUUCCUCUCCCUUCGUAGGUAGAUUCGAUUUGGAUGAAAUGCACAUUACAAUUUUUAAAUUGACUUAAUGCAGAAUGCCUUGGCUCACAGCAUAGAAAGUUCGUUUGAACACUUACAUUAUUUUAAUAGCAAUCAUGGCCAAUUGUCAUCCAACAAUUACACUACAAAGAGGUCAAUGCGUUUCAAUCGAUAGUCUGGAUUAGUUUUCAUGAAGAAAAUGGAAAUGCAUAUUCUGGUAAAACUACUUAAGUAUUUGGCAUAUUGGUCUAUAUUGCUAGAUAAAAUAAUGUUUGGAAGCAUAAUUUACAUUAUUUCUUUACAAAAUGAUGUGAAAUGAAUGCUUUAAAGCUAUACGGUUGUGGCAUCCUGAAUUAGUAUAGGUCUUGAGCGCAUGCAAGAAAGAAGAUGUGGUUUAUCGACAUGAACAGUGUGAACAUAUGGUUUAUGAAUUUAUCAACCUGGAAAAUAGGCAUCAAUUUUAUUACAACAAAUGGCAUGGUGAAUGAAAUAUUGUUCUAUAGACGCAUUUCACAUCAUCUUUCUCAUCUUAAGUGGAAAUCCUAUGGAUAAAGAGCAUUCUUCUGCUCAUCUCCAAGGCAAAUCCGAUAUGAUGGAUUCAUGGAUGGGAAAUGCAGGUUGGCAAAUUAGGAUGACCAAUAAAAUAAACAUAAAGAUCGAGAAUGGAGUGAUUCAACUACUUAAUAAAUGUUCAAUUAUGCAAGGACGUUGUCGAAGCGUGAUUUUAAUCUCCCUCGCAUCUUGACUGUGUUUAAUGAUAAAGGUAAAGAGAGUAAAAAGCCUCGGGGGUUUUAUCGCUUAUUCAGAUUGUGUUGCUUGGAAUGAACUAUUGGUUUUGCCACCUAAAGACCCUUCCUUUUUUUCAAAGUGUUUACAAAGGGGAUGUAAGAUUUAUGUUACCCCUUACAUUUCAUGAGGUUGAUAGAAGUGUGAUUAGGCGAGUCACAAUUUGUAUAUUGCUUCAAUAUCAAUAUGAAAAUUAUGAAUUGUUCCCAUCGCUGUUUUGUUCCCUCACACACGUAUACUGAUUUUGUUGUAACACACAAUCGGAUAGAAAUAAAAUAAUACAAUGUGAGAGAAUGGAAUAAUAUUUCUCAGCCAAAAUAUGACUCCGAUUUUAUUAAAAGCAUGUAAUUGCGACAAAAGAGAAUACCUAAUAUAAAAAAGAGUAAAUUGAAAACAGUCAACAGAUGCAUACGACAUAAAUAUAGCUUCUUAUUUUGCGCGUGCAGUAGCACGUACAUGUACCUUGGUCAAUUUAGGAUUUUCUAUAUAUAUGAAGAAUAAUACAGUGACAGAAUUCAUUAGAAGUUCACAUAAAUAAUCACAUUACAUAUCGCUGACAAAAAGCAAGCUGAUGUUUUAAAAAAUGUAUGCAAUUUUAUAAUUUUCUUUCUAACAUGCAUCAACAUUUAGAUCAUUUAUUAGUGCUUUCUACGUUUUAAUUCUUUUUUUUUAUACAUUUCCCCGUUUUCUAAAUUAGUUAAUUUACGAGAUACUACUUAUUCUCAAAGGUUUGGCAAAUAAAGUCACAGAUUAGCUGUAUUUGACAUUGACAAGAGUCUGAUGCUUAAUAUAUGUUUGACAUGUUUCAUCAAUAUUGAUGAUUUGCAGGUUGUACCUAUUUAGUGGUCAUGUAAUAAAAUCUGUUAAAUGUUUAUAUCUUAUUGAAGCAUCAAAUCAGACAAAAAGACAUGUUUGGACAUAUUUCCAUUUCAAUGCAUUACCAUGUCUUUAUACUUUCUUGAUCAAUUAAGGGGGUGCAAUUUUUAAAUGGGGAAGACUUAACAUCACUGAAUAAAACAAACCAAAAAUGAAAGACACAAAAUGAAGAACUAAGAAUGUGCAACAAUUAGGAAUUUCCUGAGGGACUUGAAUACCUUGUAAAGAAAAAAAAAACAAGGUUCUGUCGGAGGGGUAUUAAGCUUGUAUUUGUGGAAGUCAAAAGGUAUUUAGACAUGUUCUUUUUACUUAUCUUGUACAUAUCAGACAAAAAUAUUUUUCUUUGGUUUGUAAACUAGUGUUUUGGCUUGGUCUAAAUAAAAAAAGUAAUCUGUCUUAGAAAGUGUUGCUGAAGAUUUUUUUUAUCAAUAUGGAUGGAGGAUGUGUGGGUGGAUAUAAUCAGAGAGAAAGUGUUUGAAUUCAAGUAAAGGAUGAGUUAA